CUGGGAUGUUGAACUUCAACCGCGUUGUUUGACCCAUCACUUGAGAUGGAUGGUGAUGUGUGUUCUGUCGUAGAUGGACGGGAUACUGAUGGUCCAGCUACAACCACAGUGGGUCCAAACACAGUGGAUGGUGAAGAUGCGCAGACUGAAGCAGCUGGAGAGCCCAAUGUACAUGAAAACAGUGAUUGUUCUAAUGUGGAAGUGGAGCGAAAUGCUGCGAUUGCUGCCGCUGUCGCUGAUUUUGAUGCGGAUGACCAGUGCGAGGAGAAUGACUGUGAUGAUGAUACGGUCAAUGUUAUCAUAAAACCUUCCAAUAAGACAGGGAUUUACAAAACUGGUACAGCUUAUCAGGCGCGAUCUGUUUCCCACGUUACUCAACAUCAAAAAGCUCCCCGCCAAGGUGUAGAACUUGAUGAUCCAGGAAAUAUCAAUGGGAUCCCAACAGUGGAGUUUAAUCUCUCCACACUGGGUGAUGAAGAAAAGCCAUGGAAGCGACCUGGAGCAGAUAUAACCGACUACUUUAAUUAUGGGUUUACUGAAGAAACAUGGGUUCAGUAUUGUGAAAAGCAAAAGAUUCUCAGACAGGAAUAUGCAAACACAACAAUCAAGCCUGUUUUAAGUAGUGGAGGUGCCACUUUGCUUCAGCGAAUGCGUACUGGCACUGUUUCUUCAAACACCCGUUCAUAUGAUACUUCUAAACAAGCUAGUAUUAAUGUAAUCAACCUCAGCAGCUCUGGGUUGAGUGCACGACAGUUAAAUUCAAUCACUAAUUCAAAGGCCUCAAAUUCGCCAUCUGAUAUUUCCAAUCGACUGUUGAAUGGAAAUGCCAAUAGUUCUAAUUUACUGAGUCAGUUCAACCAACCACCACCUGGUUAUUUAGGUGGAUCUCAACAGGCUAGUGGAAAUGCUAAUAACACGGCUGUUUUCAACAUGCCUCCGCCUGGUUUUGGGACCCUAACUUCUGGCACAAAUUCACAGGUAUUGAGUGCCACGAAUCCCGCUGCUGCAGCAGCAGCAGCAGCUUUAUUUCCCAACCUUGCGGUACCUCCUCCCGUUGUGAACAAUUUGGCUGGGUGGCCUGCUGGUAACAUGGCACUGUCUGGUCUUAUUGCAUCGGGCGAUGCUAUUAUUGAUCCUUCCACUGGUCAGAUCAGUAGUAUGAUUGAUCAUGGGGAUCGGAGCCCUGGUUCAAUGUACUCGAAUGAAGAUACAAUAUCUCGGCGAGGUCGACGUCAUUUUCAUCAAGAAGAUAUCAGCUAUUAUGAAAGGUAAUCCUCUUGUUUUAUUUAUUAUGUUUUAAUGUUCACUGUCGAGGGUAGGGAUUAGGCUAGGAGGCAAGAGGAAAUUAAUUCAGUUUAUGAUGUGAUCUGGUUAUAUUUAGUUUAGACCAUGAAAAGGCGCUUGUUUUUGUGAUGUAACAUUCUGCCAGACUUGUUGAAUUCUGGUUGGAAACAGCUUGCUAUUCACGCUUCUCGUCGUAUAAAUUUUGUAGGAUGAAAUUGGCUGAGUCACUCGCUGUUUAUCUUUGUUGUUCGCAUUUUUUUCUUGCCCCCAUUCAGAUAUAUUCCGUAAGUCAAACGCAUAGUUUUCGCAAAAUGUUCUUCCUAAAGCUAGUUUUCUAGUUGCUGCUUUUCAGUUAACAUUAGAUUUUCUUUGAGUUUAGUUGGAAACCACUCCUAUCGUCUGGUAGUGCUCACUUGUAAGAGUAAGAUGAUCUCAAACUGGAUGACUAUUUCUCUUAUUUGAAGUCGGAAUAGUCAAUAGUGUAUCUAAAUUGAUUUAAAUCAGAUAGUUGUAUUGUUUAGACCAACCCGCCACAAAUUGCGUUUGGUUUUAGUGGCUUCCGAUACUCAUGUCAGCCAGUAGUAUAUCUCACGCUCUUCUAGUGUUCGUGUAAACAUGUUUAUUAUCUUCCAAGUUGGUGGCGUGAUUUUGAUUAACUUUGCAUCAGCCUAUAGACCGAAUUUAAGACAUUUUUGGAUUUUUCUGAUAAGUGCAACAUCGAAAUCAUGUUUUUGCUUUUACAGAUAUCAACUUUUUAGCCAUAUUUAUACGUGUAACAUAUUUUAACUAUUAACUUGACUAUAUAUAAUGACGGUAGUAAUUAACAUCAUUUGCGGCAGAUGGUGUCGAAGUUUCGAUUAUAACCAUUUUAUAUUAAUGAUAGAUAGUGGCUAGCAGUGGAAUCUAGGACGUGCAUUUCUUCCUAUUUGGGACUCGUCAGCUGGAUGUACGUCCAUCUCAGUGGGCGACAUUAUCCCCUUUAGGACUGGAACCCGGGACCCAUCACUUCAAACCCCAGAGCAAUAUCCACUAGAUCAGUGAGUCAUAAUAGCCACUUCUCGUGCAACGGGUAUGGUUUUUAUGUUGUUACUUGUAUUAUAAUAAUGAUGGAUAUUGGCAAGAGACCGAUCAAUCUGGUCCAAUGAACGACGGGAUGAUACAAGUAACAACAUAAAAACCAUACACGUUGCACGAGAAGCGACUACCGUGACUCGGUGGCCUAGUAGAUAACGCUGUGCCCUUUGAAUCGAUCGGUUCCGGGUUUUAGUUUUAGUGGGAACAACAACACUCACCGGAAGGCAGGUACAUCUAGCUGAGGAGUCCCAAAUAAGAUAUAACAUGCCUACUGGUCACUACCCGUCAUCAAUAUAUAUACCAAGACAUCCGCGCAGAAACUGGUCAAUUCACUCCAACCUAUGACGGGCUAAUACAAGUAACAACACGAUUAUAACCACUUGUUUAUUGGUAAUCAGGAGGAUAGUCGGUCAGUAAAAUAUCAUCGUCAGAUAUAUAACGGUACCGAAUUUUAUGUAUAUCAUCUCUAGUUUUGUCGCACCUGAUAGUAUGACGUAGCCCAUCGCUUCAGCUUUGUCAUUCUCUGCAUAAUGACAGUUUGGACUAGUUUUUAGCUCUAAAUAUUAUUUAGUAUUUGUUCACCACAUGCAGAUAAGCAAAACGUGGUGUCAUAAUUUGGUAAGAAGGGGAGAUGUGACAUACUAGUUUAAGCACUGGACUUUAAAAUAGUAACUUCAGAAUUCAAAUCUCACUCAGUCUGAUUCGACCAAGACAACUAGUCAGUCAGGCUUGUAUCUUUGCGCAUACACUUUUAGCAAGUUGAGUUAAUUUGUUUUAACUCUUUGUACUAACUGGUCCAAUAGUUGUUUUCGAUUUAUAAUCUUGGACAAGUUGAACAAAUUUUGAUAACUAAAGUUCGUUGCUCAGUAAUGGGGUGUUGGGUUUCUUUCUAGGCAUCAUCAAAUAUACCAUCUGUCUGCGUCUUUUUGGAUUGUUUAAUGAAUUCGUCACUAACUAUUGGUUAUGUAUAACUUAUAAGAGGCUGAAGAACUCAAUCGGAAAUUAUUUUUGAAAUGGUUGGUGUAUAUGGGGUCACUGAUUGUAUAUACUCAUGUAGUAAUCCAAUGAGAUGUCACUGAAGUAAAUGUUUCAAAUCUAUCUCCCAAAUGGAAAUAUAAGACAAAGUAAACCCUUGUAUUGUGAAGGUUGUCAGAUAUCCAUGAUUUGUUACAUAAAUUCACCGCAAAAAUAAGAGAAUCCGGCCAGAGUUCUUACUCGUUUCAUUCCAUUCUCGGUGAACACGUGGUCACGGUUGUCAACCCCCACAUAAUCGUUACUGUUUGGAAAGAUUGUACUGAAAUCCACCCGUGUUAGUGAUUAGCAUUUGUAGAUUUAACUUGACAGUUGCAUGCAAGCUCGUGAAUAACUCUGUACCUUAAGGAAUAUAUAGUGUAUACUACUGUUCAGCUGAGAUAUACUAGACUGGGUUCACAUUUAUCACCUUAACCUAAAGUUAUUAUUCAGGUUGUGGGACCGGUACUCUACAUAUUCGUCUGUGUUUUAUUAUACGUUUGUAUCAGCUUUAAUGUUCGACAAAUUUUCAGUAAAUAUACAAAGAGGCUUGUUAGAACUUCAUCACUGAUGUUUUCAAAGAUGGAUCUGCAUAUUUUUGAACCUAUAAGUGUGCUCCCUUCACUGUUAGGACUACUUUUUAGGCAAGAAACAUCAAUUGAGUCAACAAGCGUAGAUAAACUGAAGUGUUUGGUUUAUAUGUUGAAAAUUCGAAGCCAUCAUCUACGCCAAACAAGAAUAUCUCAGCACAGUGCUGAAUAUGAUCAGAUAAAGACAAGCACUAACCCGUAGGGCUUGCUGAAUCUUGCUCUGAGUUAUGUAAGUCCGUGUGGUGACUGUGAUUUAAAACUUCACAGUGGCGCAAAUACGUUCAGUUCUAUUCACAUGUGAAUCUUUUUAAUUAUUAGUUCCCUAUCUAUUUAUAAACAUCUUGAUGUUCAUUUUAAAACAUUUUAGCUUUUGUGUUUUCGUUUUCUGUUUGGUCGAUCGUUUGUAGUAUGAACUUUUCUCCCUUAUCGUGCUAUCUAAACACUUUAUAGUUUUAAAUUGUUUGAAAUAGGAAAUUAUCUUCUCUUAUGAUGAUUAUAAAGAAAAACAGAUUGGCGUAGGUUUUGAUAAUGGUUUGUCUGUUGUUGUACAUUUGAAAUUGUAUCUAAGCUGUACCUUGGCAACCGAUCUGAAAUCAAUUAAUAAAUUCUCCACAAACCUCCAGAUUAAAUUUAUCUCGUGCUCACUAGUGACUAGCUUCGAGAGGUGAUUUCCGAAGUCCAGUGACAAGUCGUGACCGUUGGAGCUAUCCAAGUCGAACAUGAGGAUAGUUACUCAAAGGCGACAUUGGAUGGAGGUCGCGCUGUAUCGUGAACUGACAGAAGUAGGAAAUGUGGACCACUGAAUUCCAACCCAGUGACUCAAUAGUAACGUGCUGGCUGUUGAACCUGAAGGUCCUGAGUUCGAUCCCUGUCGGGGUCAUGAAUGCAUACUCCUAAGGAGUCCCAUACUAGGCUGAAACAGCUAUCCAGAGCUCCCAGGUUUCCAAUGUUUCUCCAACUGAUGUCAAUUCCAUGAUGAAGAUCAACCUGAAGUCAAUUAAUAAAUCUCCACAAACCUGAUUGAAUAAGAUACCUGCUGUGACAUUUGCAUCGUAAACUUGCGUCAAGCAUUAUCGUUAAACAUGAGAUAGUUAAAAGGGUUAGUGUUUAGUCACAAAUACCCCCAAACAUUGUUAAUUGAUGAUGUAGUUAGUGCCUGAACAUGGCUGGAGCUAAGGUUACCGUAAACUACGAAGCUCAUGAAUGUGUGGAAAACUUUAUAUCAACUUUAAAGUAGAUUGAAUAGUCGGUAUGAAAAAUACUUGAAAAUUACGCAUUGUAUACAACCGAGUAUCUUUUUCCAAUCAAGUUUUCGUCAUAAACCACCCAAUCAACACCAUGAAUUGUAAUCCCUUACAUAGAAACAUCAUACAGUUAUGAAAUAUCCUAUUGGGCAACAUAACUACGGAGAAUUUAGAAGUGGCCAGCUAUUGUUUAAGCUACUCUCAUCUGGCUAGUGAAAUUGGCAGGUCAAUUUACGUUGUUUCUAAGUACGUCUAUUGUUUGGUAGUAUAUUCCAUUGAAUAAGAUUACAAUGUUUCAAAGACAAAAGUCCAUUGAUAUGACCCACUAAUAUAUAAGGUAUAUAUAAUGGGGAGUUUCUUUCUUGCUGUCUGGUAUUUAAAUUUUUGUAGGACACGUAAAUCGCAUAUCUUGAACAUCUUCUUGGUUUCAUCAUAGGCUUGUAACCGGUGUAUGAUAACCACUUCUCUGAUAUGAUCUAAUUUGUAGUUGUUUUCUAUUCUUCGAUAAAAAUUAAUUAGAUAAUUAUUUGUUUUAAGGAUAGUGAUUUUUUUACUCCUAUUCUUUAAUCUGUUAUCAGUUUGUUCUCAUCUGAAAAGAUUGGAGAUAAUCGAAAUCUUACUAUGUGUGAUGAAAUUACUUUUAUGUAUAUGCGGAAGUGAACAUUUCCUUAUACCACGUCUCUGAAGAUGUAUGCUAAUCUGUUUAUUGAAGAUGUGGUUCAUUGGUUUAAGCAUAUGUCUUUUAACCGAUGCAUCCCUUUUUCAAAACCAGCUACGUUCACUUCACCUAACUAACAGGGUAGUAUCACAAACAGUCAGACAACAAGUAUGUCUUAUAGCUAAGUAAAUAAUUAAUUAUCAUUUUUGAUGAAAGUGAUUCUGUACAUGGCGUGUUUCAAAGUAAAACUUGAACUACUUUACAUAGGUUGAUUACUAAUAAUCCUUUUUUGAAAAUCAGUUUGACUGUCUGAGAUAGCCUUAGAUUUGAUAAACUUAUAUUGGUACUGGGUAGUGGUUGAAGCUGAGAUGAAAAUUCAGACCGCGGUAGGAAUUAGAGUGUUGAGACUGUGUAGAUAUCAGUAAUAAUAUUUUGCAAGAUUUUUUUUGUUGCCUAAAAGUAAUUGUGUAAAAUGGCUUUCAUUGUUGAACUCUUCAAAUAAACAAACUUUUUUAAUUUGUAUGUUAAAAGCAGAAUCUGUGACUGAAGUAUGAAUUAUGCUUUUUUAUUUGUACCGUGAUGCUUUUAUGUGCCUUUGUGUUCAAUGUACUGUUGAUGUUUGUAUGUUUUCAAUAAAUUCAAACAAUGCACUCGCUGUAGAAUUUCGUAGGACACCAUAGUUAUGGGCCAUAGUUAAUCGUAAAGUAAUGGUAAUCAAACCAAUGAUUUUAGACAACCAUUAGUUUAGGAAUAGGUUCUACAUGAUGGUGGAAUGCUUUAACGAGAGCACAAUCAUGAGUACUUUUGUUAAUCAUUAAGUUCUGUUCUCGAAAAGAUUCCAAUAGCCUGUUUCUUAUUAUUUCACAUGUAGAGACGGUUAUCGUUCACGUCAUCGUAGUCGCUCAAGUAGCCGAGAUCGCUAUCACUCUCGACAUCAUCGGCAUCGUGAUUCAUCACGAUCUGGACGAGACUAUGAACGCCGUAGAGGGACGUCACGUCAUUCUCGCCGUUCACGUGAGGAUCGUUAUUCUGGAGGUGUUGGUCCAGAGGAACAUAAUCCUGUAGACGCUCCAUCGCCAAGUGCAUCAGGCAUUAGCUCACAUCGAAGUAGUGGGCGACGAAGCGACCGUGAACGAGACCGAUCUGGGCGGGACCGUAGUCGUGAAAGAGAGCGCAGUAGACAUCGAAGUGAGCGUCGAGAACGGGAGAGGUCAGUUCGCCCUUCUAAACAAAGUGACCGUCAUUCAUCACGUCGCAAAGAUCAACCUUCCCCACCUAGACCUCCUUCUCAGAUAUCUGUUAUUACUUCAGAUAAACAAGCGACUUCUAAACCUGAUCCCCUUUCAGCUGCAGCGGCUGCUGCUGCAAAUAUCGCUGCCGCUUUGGGAGCAUCUAAUCCCAGCAGCAAAGUUUCCUAAUAAGGAGCUGAUUUCUUUUAUCAACUCCUAAUGCUUUGUACAGCCUUUGUAUUUCACGUGAAUAUAUUUUCUUCACUACUUUUUUGUGUUUUACCAGCUUUACAGUUUGUCAUUAACCCUAUUGACUCUACAGAUUUCAAUUUAUUUGUUACCGGUUUGAUGUUUAUUCUCUCUCUAGAGUAGUUUGUAAUCUACUAAUCCGUUUUCUGUAUUCAUUAUUAACUAUCCACUUUUUAAUGAAUGUGUUAAGCUGUAAGAUAGUGUCUCUUAAAAUUUUGUAAGUGCAUUUUAAUACUGUUUAGUGAAAGGAAAUCAUUUUUAUUGUAAUAUAGCCUUAAAACUCUAACUGAGUGGUUACAUUUAAAAUUUGUGCAUAUAUACUCAUUGAAGUGAAUAACUAUCAAUCUACAAUGGAAAUCAUUUGGAAAAGUUGAUUCUUUUUCAUCCUUUUUGAUCUUUCUUAAAGCUAUUGUUUUUGGUGUUUAUUAUGUCGAUUUUGUAAUGUAUUGCAUAUUGUCUUGAUCCAACAUACCAGCAUAAGAAAAUGUUGUAGAUAUACCUUUCACUAACGUUUUAUUACUGGAAUUUUAAAUAUGGGUUUACUUAAAAUUUCUACGUUUGAACAAAUCAAAGUAGCAUCUUGCACAUUGGUACAUUAGUUCCAAUUGCCACAUUGUUGUUGAUAGUAUCCUCUAAUUGUGUAACUAUCUAACACUAGGUCAUAUGUCCAACAUAUUCAAGUACAAAUAUUCUUCUUCUAUAUUAUUUGGUGAUCGGGUUCGUAGAUCAUCAAAAUAAUGUUUGUAUUUUAUGCAAACAAUAUUGAUCUGUCUCAACUUUUACAAAGGUCACACUUA